CCCCGCACGAGUUCGAUCUUAGUCCCCGAAAACCCCCCACUUCCACUGCUAAGUUUUCGGUACUUGUCCUUGUGUUGCUCGGGAAAUUUUGAAGAUGAUGCUUAGAACAGUUCGGAAUUUGAAAACUAAGAGUGAUGGGGGCUUCUUGGCGAAUUGGAGAAGAUAUUUCUCUGUUUCUAGGCAACCUGUUAUGGAUAUGGCCUCUAAAGAUGGUGAAUUGAGGGUUUUUAUUGUUGCCGGUGAGGUUUCUGGAGACAGUAUCGGAUCUCGCCUCAUGGCUUCCCUGAUGAAGCUAUCUCCGUUGCCUAUACGCUUCGCCGGUGUUGGAGGGUUGAUGAUGUCCAACCAAGGAUUGAAAUCUCUGUUCCCCAUGGAGGAUAUUUCAGUAAUGGGGAUCUGGGAGUUGUUGCCGCAUCUGAAUAAGUUGAGAGUUAAUUUGAAACAGACAAUGGAGGCUGCACUUCUCUUUAAGCCUCAUGUUGUUGUGACAGUGGAUUCCAAGGGUUUUUCCUUCCGAUUCCUAAAGCAGUUAAGGGCUAGAUAUGAUCAGCAAGCAUUGGUUAGCCUUCCUCCACACUUCCAUUAUGUUGCACCAUCAUUCUGGGCCUGGAAAGGGGGUGAAAAAAGACUCAAAGCGCUAUCUGAGUUCAUAGACCACGUGUUCUGUAUCCUUCCAUUUGAGGAGGAAGUUUGCAAAGUGCAUGGACUAGCUGCAACCUUUGUGGGUCACCCCAUGCUGGAAGACGUUUGGGAGUUACAGUCCGUACAGUCGGAAAUGGACGCUACAGAAAAUGGAUGGAUAGUUAAAGGAAAUGGUGGGGAAUUUCGAAGUAAACAUGGGAAAUCUUCAGAAUCCACAAUCAUUUCAUUGCUUCCUGGAAGCAGAUUACAGGAGGUAGAGCGAAUGAUUCCCAUUUUCUCAGACACUAUGGAACUAUUGAAAGACUCAUUUUCCGAGUUAACAACGGUAGUUCAUGUGGCACCUAAUCGGCACGUGGAAGAAUAUGUCAGCAAAGCUGUUUGUGAGUGGCCUGUAUCUGUAGUAUUGAUUCCUGGAGGAUCUUCACAGCUGAAGUAUGAUGCAUAUAGUGCUAGCAAUGUAGCAUUGUGUACAUCUGGCACAGCAGCUAUUGAGUUGCAGCUUGCACAGUUACCUUGUGUUGUUGCCUAUCGGGCCAAUCUCCUGACUGAAUGGUUUAUAAGGCGCAAAGCUAGAAUAUCAUAUAUCUCCCUCCCCAAUAUUCUUCUGGAUUCAGCUAUAAUCCCUGAAUCGCUUUUUCAAGCUUGUACCCCAUCGAAGUUGGCCCCAUUGCUCGUGGACCUAAUACGCAACAAAAGCCUCCAAGAAGAACAGAUAACUGCUGCUGAAAAGGUUAUUGGAUUACUAUGUCCGAAAAGAAUUUGUCACCACUCAAUACGGCAGCCUUUUACUUCAGUUUACCCUGAUUACACACCGAGCAUGAUUGCAGCAUCCAUUGUCUUAUACUCUAUUGUUCAGAUGAGCUUCUGUGAACUACUUUCAAGACGACAGACGAAACCAUGAAGAAAAUCUUUGGGUCUGAUGGGUUUAGGUAAAAAGGCUGACCCAGUCCAUCAGGUUUCC